UGGCUGCAGGCGGUUUAGUGGCUACUUUGCAGGCAGCAGGUGCUGCUGGUCUGUCAGGAACUGCCACUGCAGCUGUGGCCGGCGUUGGAGCAGCAGUUGGAGCAGCAGGCUCCUACGCUGCCAGCAUGAUGUCUGCUGCUGCAGGUGCAAAUGCAGGAGCGGCGGCUGCAGGAGGUGCAGCUGGUCUGUCAGGAGCUGCCACUGCAGCUGUGGCCGGCGCUGGAGUAACAGUUGGAGCAGCAGUGGGAUGGAUGGCUAGCUUCAUCAGAAAAUCACAGAAUGUCAGUCAGGAACUAGCACAGGAGCAGCAGCAGCUAGAGUAUCAGCAAGAGCAGCAGUCACAGCAUCAACUGGAGCAGCAGUGGGAGCAGCAGUGGGAGGAGCAGUGGGAGGAGCUGCUGGAGGAGCAGCUGGAGCAGAAGCUAGAGCAGAAGCUGGAGCAGAAGCUGGAGCAGCAGUGAAAGGAGCAGUGGGGUCGCUGGCAAACUUUAUCAGA